AUGGCGGACGUAGGGCUCAUGUCAUACUACUUGGGCCUAGAAGUGAAGCAGAUGGAGGAUGGAAUUUUUAUCUCUCAAGAAAGCUACACAAUAGAGUUAUUGAAGAAGUUCAACAUGCUCGAUUGCAAUACCGUGAACACACUGAUGAAGAGUGGGACAAAAUUGUCCAAGUUUGAUGAAGGAGAAAAAGUGAAUCCCACAUUUUUCAGAAGUCUUGUGGGAAGUUUGAGGUACUUGAUUUGUAUCAGGCCAGAUAUACUCUUUGCAGUUGGAGUAGCAAGUUUCUUCAUGAAAGCUCCUACCUCCACUCAUUUGAAAGUCACUAGAAGAAUUCUUCGUUACCUAAGAAGUACAAUUGACUUUGGGCCAUUUUAUUCUUCUUCUAGUUAUUUCAAUCUUAUGGGAUUUUGUGAUAAUGAUUAUGCUGGAGAUAUUGAUGAUAGAAAAAAACACAACUGGCUUUGUGUUUUUCUUGGGUGA